GCGGUCAGUGGCAUACGCGUCGCGAAAAUAUCGAUAAAAUCGACAAAAAACAUCGAUAACACGAAAAUAAUAGAAACGUUUCUUUGGAAAACUUAGUUUAAGUGACAUUGAAUGUAAUAAAACCAUGAUUCCGUAACUUAAGUUAACAUUAUAGUGGGCUUAACGUUAAGUUUUUGGAAUAACUUUAAAGUUUACCUAAAGCAUAAUUUAUUCAUAUUGAAGUCACAGGUUGCGUGUGUAUUGUUGACUAAAGUAUAGGUUACCCGCAAAGUUCACACCGCGGACAUUAAAGUGAUGAGAAACUGACUGUCCGUAUAGAUGUGCGUGCAAAGUGUCGACAUGCUGAGUCGCAGGCAUUAUUUUUGGUUGUGUGCAACACUUGCCUCGUUCCUCGCUGUGGUGGCUCAGACAGGCGCCCGCGUGAAGAGCCCGGCCACGCGCUUCACGUGUCAAGGUCGCGCCUCGGGCUACUACGCCGACGUGGAGACCGGUUGCCAGGUGUACCACAUGUGUGACGGCCUGGGCCGCCAGUUCAGCUACUCGUGCCCGAACACCACGCUGUUCCAGCAACGGAUGCUGGUGUGCGACCACUGGUACAUGGUGAACUGCACCAACUCCGAGAGUGACUAUGACGCCAACCUACUUAUUGGCCAAAGGGACAAGCCAUUUGUGUCGGACGAGGACAUGCGACAGCGCACCCCCCGUCCAGACAUCCUCUCCGUGCCGCCCAACAGUAAAUACUACGACGGAUUAAAAGAAGCUGAAAGUAAGUACCCAUUCCACCCGGAUAACAGUAUUGUGGGUAUUUCGGAAUCGUUCUCAAGCAGUGACAACGAUUUGGACAGCGACAAGCGUAACUACAGACCACCGUCGUCAUGGUCAAUGAAAACCAAGAGACUUCCGGUGGCUGGCAUUGAUACAAAUGAAGAGUUUAACUUCAACAGUAAAAAUCCAAAGAGACCUGGUCCCGUCGUCGAAAUUAAUGAAGAUCAUUUUACAUUCAAUAAUAAAAAAACAACCCCCAAACCACCUACUAAGGAUACCAAUAGUAAAGAAUUCGUUUUCAACAAACCAGAUCCUGAGCAAACGUUUGAAGCAAACAGAGUUCGACCAAACAUAAACGUUUCUCCACCGUCCAAGGUGUUAGUUGCUCCAUUUUUACCGCCAGCUGACAGCCAAUCAGAGGAGUAUGAAAUUGAUGUAAGAAUCAAAACACAAGAUCCUGUAGUGAACUUCAUAAAACGCUUUGAUCCAAAUUCCCCAGACUCUUUGAAGACAACUAUGACACGGUCAGAAAUAAUAGAUCUAAACAGACAUUUACCAGAUGCACAGGUCAGUUCUGAGGAAGAGAGAAUCCCGCGCAAAAAUAAAAACUUUGGUAACAACUUCAAUGUCUUACAAAAUGAUAAGAAAAAAGGUUUAUCAGAAAGCACUAGAUUUGAAAAAGUCAAUGUAAAACCCAAAACUGAGAUAACUACGGAAUCAAAUGAUAAUUUAGUAGCAGUACCAUCUAGAGAACUUCAGCCUCCGAAAAAUGAUAUGACUUCAUAUGCAUCUACGACAAUGGGUCCACCAAUUUACUAUGAAUGGAAAUGGGCUGUACCAGCAUUUGAUUUAGAACCUCCUAAACUAAGCAAUGAUACUACAGCCAAUGCAACUAAACCAGUGAAACCUAUCAAGAGACCUUUUAGUGACAAUACCAGAACCACUCCUCAACCAGUAGAAAUACAACCAAGUAAUACAGAGUAUAAUACUAGUUCGUACUUCAUCCCAGACUUUGUGUUCCCAUUAGAUAGGCCUCACCCAGGAUACGAUGAUGAAUCAGCUCAGACCUCUUUCCAAGUAGAAGUUUCUAGACCUGGAAGAGCAAGUUAUGGGGAGAACCCAGCUUGCCCUCAAUGCCAUCCAGCGUACCUUAACCCUGGGACUUGUGAACCAUGUAUAGUUAAGCGGUAACAUAAAAUAAUUAAAUUGAUUAAACAAUAAGAUAUAGCAAUAUAUUAAGUUAAUAUGUCAUCUACAGGUGUGCCAACUAUUAACAAUUCCAACUCAGUUAAUUAUGUUAUAAUUAAUAAAUGGUUAAAUAGGGUGAACCGUAACCAACCGCGGAAGAGUUGUCUGCCGACCGAAGUUGGCACAUGUGCCGAUGAUUAUACUGAUCGCACACGAUGUACUUGAAUUUAUAAAGCCAUUAUUUUCAAUUUCUUUCGCAAGUUCUAAGAAGGUAUGAUUAUAGCAUUCGAAAGUCUUAACGAACCUAUUGAAAAGUGCAUUUAAUUAUGCGUCGCAUUAAAUGAGAAGGAUUUAAAUAAACACAGGGUGGAAACCUUGAAUUCUAUUUAAAACCAGCAGAAGAAUAUUUCAAAUACGUCGCUAUAAAUCAUUUAAUAAGAAUUUAACGUCAUCUAGGCCCUAAUUCUCGCAAAUGAAUGUUAGAUGAAAAUGAAGAAUAAUUUAUAGGUUAUGACCUCCAUUUAAGUUUGAAACAACCUGUAUUUUGUGGUAUCGCUCUUUCCGAUA